UUUGAUAGAAUUGAAUUUGCUAGACGCCACACGGAUAGCCCUAUAGCAGCAGCAGCAGCAGAAGCAGAAGCAAGGGGUUUAGAGACGAAAUGGCAGCGAAAAGGAAGACUCCCGUCAAGACCAGAAACCCAGAUCUGAUCCGUGGUGUGGGAAAGUAUUCCAGGUCUAAGAUGUACCACAAGCGUGGCCUUUGGGCAAUCAAGGCCAAAAAUGGCGGUGCUUUCCCCCGCCAUGAUCCCAAACCUAAGGCCCCCGCUGCCGCUGAGAAACCUCCCAAGUUUUACCCGGCUGAGGAUGUCAAGAAGCCGCUUCUUAACAAGCGCAAACCUAAACCCACCAAACUCAGAGCAAGCAUUACACCAGGGACUGUGUUGAUUUUGUUGGCUGGAAGGUUUAUGGGGAAGAGAGUUGUUUUCUUGAAGCAACUUACUUCUGGGCUCCUUUUGGUCACCGGACCAUUCAAGAUCAACGGUGUUCCUUUAAGGCGUGUUAACCAAUCCUAUGUCAUUGCUACUUCCACCAAGGUUGACAUCUCAGGGGUUAUCGUAGACAAGUUUGAUGACAAGUACUUUGCCAAGGAAGUAGAGAAGAGGAAGAAGAAGACUGAGGGAGAGUUUUUCGAGGCUGAAAAAGAGGAUAAGAAAAAACUGCCUGAAGACAAGAAAGAAGACCAGAAAGCAGUCGACGCCUCUUUGAUAAAGUCCAUUGAGGGAGUCCCAGACUUGAAGGCCUACCUCGCCGCAAGGUUUUCUCUCAAGUCUGGCAUGAAACCGCAUGAGCUUGUCUUCUAGAGGAUAUUUUGCAUUCCUUUAUGUUAAAGGGCUUUUACUUUUGAAUUCUUUUGGUUUAGAUUAUCUAUGGUUUUAUUAUGGGGUGCUAUUGCUAUAUGUCCAGAACUUAAAUUUUGGAUAGUAUCUUCUGUUAUGCAAGAACUUAAAGUUUCCUUC